CGUUGUCGCCGUUCCGGCCGCCGCCACCCACCAUUUAAGAGACAGAAUUUCACCUGCGCUGCGACCACCAACCUAGGAGAGUGGAGGAGACCCACCGUCGGCUCGGCCGUGUCCCAGUUCCCAUCCCGACAUCACCUAUCCCCAUCCUCGAUCCAUCUCGUCCUCGACGUUUGAUGGAGUCUCUCCUCGCCUCGCGAUCCAUUAGGUCUUCCUUCUCCGCCAUCGCCGCUAGCACCAGGGGCGCUUCCCCAAGGCCCUCGCGCGUCGCCACCCUCGCCGGCAGCGGCGCCCGCCCCUCCCGCCCGCUCCGUGCCGGCCCCAUGGACUCGAUUCUUGAGGUUCUGGCACAGGACGAUAUGCUGAACGCAAAGGAGCUGGUCCAAUGGGAGAAUGGCUUGUCAUUCAAUGACAUAGCAGCUAGACAGGGGAUUCGCAUCCGCAGGCACUUCCGCCCCACUGCCUCCUUGAAGCAGAUAGAGGAGGAGCUGGGAGCCCCUCGCAACAUCCUAGAGAAGAUCGUUUGGGACAAGGAGAUUGAAGUAGCUCAGGGGCAUGCUAAGAAGCCUAUUGAGGAGGUGACUCAGGCUGCAAGGAAAGCCCCUCCUUCAAGAGACUUCUAUGGCGCUUUAGAAGCUGCCUACAAGCGUAAUGGGGUGCCUGCAUUAAUUGCUGAGGUCAAGAAAGCAUCCCCGAGUAGGGGUGUGCUCAGGGAGAACUUUAAUCCUGUUGAAAUUGCUCAAGCUUAUGAAAAGAAUGGAGCUGCAUGUUUGAGCAUUUUGACGGAUGAGAAGUACUUUCAGGGAAGCUUUGAGAAUCUUGAGAAGGUGCGCACCUCAGGAGUGAAGUGUCCCCUUCUCUGCAAAGAGUUUGUCAUUGAUAAGUGGCAAAUCUAUAAUGCUCGCUCUAAGGGUGCUGAUGCAAUUCUACUAAUUGCUGCUGUACUACCAGACAUUGACAUAAGGAAUUUUCUUCAGAUUUGCGAAGAGUUGGGAAUGACAGCUCUUAUUGAGGUUCAUGAUGAAAGAGAGAUGGAGCGUGUGCUGAAUAUAAAUGGAGUUAAGCUUAUUGGUAUCAAUAAUCGAAGCCUUGAGACAUUUGUUGUUGAUACUUCGAACACCAAGAUGUUGCUUGAGAAGCAUGGCGAUAGCAUCAGGGAGAAGGGAAUUUUGGUUGUUGGUGAAUCAGGUUUGUUUACUCCGGAUGAUGUUGCUUAUGUUCAGAAUGCUGGUGUUUCUGCUGUUUUGGUUGGGGAAUCUCUGGUGAAGCAAGAGUGCCCUGGACGAGCCAUUGUUGGGUUAUUUGGCAAAGAACUGCUGCAUUGAAUGAAAGGAUAAAGACUGAGUACUUGGUUUGGUGCUGAUGAAGUAUUAGUGCUAGCUGUUAGCCAUAGCCUGGUUUGGGGUAAUAACAUGUGAGCAUUGGUUUUAUUAAUAAGUAUGUCACAUGCAGAAUAAAAAUAAUGUUCACUUUUAGUGAUUUUUUUUAGUUCAGUGAUAAACAAAUGUAACAUGUUCAUGGCAAAGGGGGCGCUACUCGAGAAAAAUGAAAUUGGAGGCUUUUACUUGAAUAUGACAAGGGGAUCUUCCAAGUUAGUUAGCAGUUAGCACUAUGUGUUUUUAAUCUGAUUAAGUGGAUAUAUUAGUCCCUAGUAGUUUUUUUGUUGUUCUUGUAGUAGGAACAUCUACUGUUUCCUGUGUUCUUUUGUAUUGUUCCAUGAUGGAAAUUUGCUAUUGUAUGAUAUAUUUUGAUUUGCAGUAGGAAAAUCCAUUGUUUUGUGA